AUGGCUGUCCCUUUCCAGAUCAGCGACAUCUUGGUCUUAAGUCAACUGGCUUGGAAGGUCUCUUGCGACAAACUUGGAAAACGUCUAUCGUGUGGCUUCAAAUGCGGCAUCCCAAGUCGAAGUCGGAACCUUGGUACGGCCCAGGGACUCGACAAAAAUAUUGGACUUGAGGUCUCUAAACGAGAUAGUUGGAGAUUACCAAAAACAAUACGGGAUUGUGAAAAGUUGAUUCGACACAACUAUCGAUACAAUAAUGUAUCCAGUCCCCGUCAAGGUAUCUCGUGGAACGUCCUCGUCCAGCCAGAUGUUGAACGCCUAAGGAACCGGAUAUCGUUACACAAUCUGAAGAUUUUAUUCAUCCUUAAGCCAUUUGAGAUCGAUCUUCUAUUCUGCAUCCAUCAAGAUCUCGCCGGUAGAAUGGCUAGAAUGCAUAACGACCUGCGACGUCUCAUGGGAGUUAUGGUCCCAGAUUUCAAGGAAGAAAUGAAGCAUCAACAGACCCAACAAACUUUUACCAUCGAGAUUCCUUCCAAUUUUUCCCUUAAGUUUCAGCAAGCUGCGGAGAUUAACCAUCCGGAGUUUGCUAGUGGAACUCAACUCCCUGUCGCGGAUACGGCAAAUUCAUUUGUUUUCUAUUUCGGAAGAGGCACACGGAACCUCAAUGCAUCUCGAUUCGAUUGGAUCGACCGUAGAACUGCCUCCGUAACUGCCUACCUCAGCUUACUGAAAUGCAUCUGGCUCAUGGAACACUUGGACAAAUACCAGAAUGCCGAAAUUUCGGGUUUAUCGCACUGGCCGUCGUAUAUAAAGGGUCUUAAUCAGGAAUUAUCACACGAAUGUAAACGGUUUUCUCCCGAGUGUAUGGAUAGAAUAUUUGCUCCAGACUUGUCUCGGGCGAGGUUGGAUCCAUCUGUAUUUGAUAUUUGGCCAGAAAUCCGCAGGGCCAGUAAUCUUCCCUUGGGACACCAUCGAAAGCAACCUACGAAGGAAAUAAUUAAUGUCCCCCUUAACAGCGACUCACCAUCUGUCCUGGAAAAUGGGACAGUUAAACCUGAAGAGCGCGUUAUCGAAGUUAAUCUUGAAUCAGCGUCACUGAUUCCACUCUACGCAAUGCCCACUUUUAAUCGUGACACCAAUGAUAUCCUGCUAAGAACUCCGAGCGAAGACACAAGAUUUUCAUUUCCUUCCUUGAAAGACCUCCUUCGAUUCCAGCACGCUUUCACGGGAUUCAAGCCAUAUCAUUUUUACUCCCAAAUAGAUGUAAAGGUUGCAUUCGUCGGGUCUAACGAAAAACCCGUUGUUGAAGAUGCCGUCUUACAACUUUGGAUACCCAAACGAUUGGAGGGAUAUUUACUCAACGAGGAGCAGAAUCCAGCUGAAGAAUCUUGGCUAGAACGCAGUGAAACACUCCCAAAAAGCCCAUUGUCAAUUCCUUAA